AUGCCGACCUAUCUAUGUCACGGAUUCCGUUGGACUCGCAAGCUAAUUCGCAUCUUCGUCAUCCUUGAAGAUCUGGAAGACGCCGCCUCAGGUUGGAUAGUGGGCCGCGACACCUCCGCAGCCAUUCUUGAUCGCAUGAGCACCAAAUUCGAUUACCUGCCUCAACGUCCUCUACGCCAGCCCGAUGAAGAGCAGUCUGAACAGUCUAAACAGCAAUCUGAGCCUCAGGAGGAGCAAUUGCCGGCAGAGCAAGCAGAGAAGAAGUUUUUGCAUGAGGAUGAUGAUUUGACCGUGCCGCCAUCUCGUGUCCCCGACAGCGAAGAUAGCGUUUUGGUCAACGAGACGUCCGUGGUGAAGCUGUUGGAGGAGUACGACCCGGAAGAAACACACAUCUCAGCGCGCCCAUUUGCCUAUGUUGCAGACCACGUUAUCCGUAUAGAUUUGAGCGCCGACGUCUCGGAGGAAAUCGCCAAAUACGACGCUCUAGUCAAAGAACGGAAUGAGGGCAAUUGGUUCGAAAGGCUCCGCGACGAACUGCAGGCUGGCGCCUCCAUUGGGUGGUACGUUGUUGUCAAUGGAGAUGAAGAGCGUGCUGUACCUGAAUAUGACGAUGAAGACGAUGGUGAGAGCGAUGCGACGGAGCAAGGCAAAGGUGGCGACGAAGGGGAAGGCGAGUCACAGCCUGAGCAGCCGCGAAACAAGGAUCGUUCACAAGCGCCCAGGUUAACUGACCAACCGCACUCUUUACGGCACAAGAUAUCUCGGGCAGGCUUACGGCGUCUGUUUAGCAAGAAGGAAGCUCCUGAGUGA